AUGACGCCUUCUUCAACACCCUUAGUGCGGCCUCGACAACCUCGGAAACCUUUAAAUUGCGAGCCGUGUCGACGCUCAAAGAUUCGCUGCGAUCGUCAGCAGCCCUGUAGCCCGUGUAGGCGGAGAAAAUGUGUGGAUUGGUGUGUCUUUGGUGACAGACAACAACAACCCCCCUCCCUCUUGCCUUCUCCUCCUGCUCCUCCUCCUCGUCAUGCUGCUGCUGCUGCUACACCUAGCUCCCCUACCACCGCCAUAUCUCCUGGCGUCGCCCCUUACCCGCAUUCAUCGAUUAGUUCCACAGUGCCUUAUGGUAAAAAUCACAAUCUAUUCCAGGACCACUGGGAUGCCGUGUCGAACCGCCCUAUCGCCCCCACGGCACAUCCCACAGCCCCCGACGAUGAAACCUUUUUGCCAUCAGCAAACCUUUGUUUUCCUUUCCCUUCUGGCCCCGAGGUCACUGUAAAGGAUCUGCUUAAGCUGCUUCCCGCUCAUUCAUGCUGUGAAUAUCUCAUCACCCAUUACUUCAUGUAUAUCUCCCCUUUGUUUCAUAUCCUGCACGGUCCCACUUUUCAGCAGCAGUAUAAUGCUUAUCUGCGCAAUCCAUCUCAAUCUGGAUUCUCAUGGUUGGCUCUUCUGUUUACCAUCUGCUCUCUUACCAUUCGUUCGCUGGACGAUGAAGAUACAGUCCUUGCUCUCUCCUACUCCUCUGCCGCUUCGGUCAAUCAAACAAGCGAUAUCUACCUCCGCUACCGCACAGCUGCCAUGACCUGUCUGUCAGCAGAUAAUUGUCUGGUCAAUAAUCGUCUCAGCACUCUGGAGGCUCUGUUAUUGUUGAUCUACACGGUCAAUCACUACGAGGGCUUGGAACGCAGUUGGAAUCUACUGGGGAUGGCCUUGCAUAUGGCAAUCGCUUUAGAAUGCAAUACCUUAUUCGACUAUCCCGCUUCUAGCCCGGGCCAGAUCGAGAUCAAUCGUCGCCGUCGUUGCUGGACCGGAAUUUUGCUGUUGUACACCAAUCAAGCGAUCUCCUAUAAGGGCGUUGAUAUGUCUUUCCUAUUGAGCGCCAACACUAGUCCUGACUCUGCCUUCACCGUGGACGUACACGAUUCUGACCUGCAAGCGAAGUCUGUGAUGACAUUUAAACUCCGCUUAUUCCAACUUUCGCGACAGAUUUGCCGGCACUUGUCCCGUGAUCAGCCGCUCAAUGGUGAGAUGCUGACCGACUUCGAUGUUCAGAUAGGAAUUGAACAGCGUCUCUGGGAUUCUGCCUUUCUAUCGGACGGCCUCCCUAGUGUGCUGGAUACCCGACAAUACGGGUACUGGUGCAUCUUGCAGCUGUAUGCGCACCAGCUGUAUCUUCGUCUGCAUCGCCCCUUCUGCCGCGGUCAGUCCGAUGCCGACGUGGCAGAAGCACUUCGUGCCCAGUCUCGCGCUAAAUGUGUGGCUGCGGGUGCGGCACUGCUGGAUAUUCAUCAGCAGCUCUGCGAGCGACCACGGCUCCGGCGCUAUCGCUGGGUGGUCUACGGCGUGACCAGUUUCUAUGCCUUCCACGGCGCCGUCGCCCUGGCCUCGUGUAUGUUUGAAAACCUUGACCCGGCUUUCGAUCAUGCCACUCACCGAAAUUCUUUUGAUGCGGCUGUCGCCCGCAUCGAGCAACUGCAGAGUCGCAGUCCCAUCUGCAUCAAGUCAUUUCCCAUUCUUCGCCAUCUACAGUAA